UGUCAGCCUGACAUGGAGUCUCUCUCAUUACCUGAGGAGCAAGCUGCUGGCUUACAGAGAGAAACUAUUACCGCUUGAACAGGUCAUGGCGGUGAAGAAAGUUGCUGUGAUUGGGGCAGGAGCCAGCGGUUUGACAUCCAUAAAAUCUUGCAUUGAUGAGGGCCUGGAACCCAUAUGCUAUGAAAAAAGUGAGGAUAUUGGAGGUCUCUGGAGAUAUAAUGAUAAUCCUGAAGAUGGUAGAGCCAGUAUCUAUAGAUCUGUCAUUAUUAACACAUCCAAGGAGAUGAUGUGUUAUAGUGAUUUCCCAAUCCCGGAGGAAUUCCCAAACUACAUGCACAACUCCAAAAUCAUGGAUUAUUUCCAGAUGUAUGCAAAGAACUUCAACCUUCUGAAACACAUCCAGUUUAAGUGCCUUCACCCGAGUCUUGACAUGAGGUGCUCUUCUGGGGAAUGUUCAAUUUCAGGAACACCAGAGGGAGAUUCGGGAAAUCCCUGCCCACCACGUCCUUAGACCGCCCCCACUACAGGAAUAAUAUCACACAGAUAUGUUGCAAAAGCCACCCUGGCACAUUUAUUAAAGGGUCUGG